AGUGGCACUAUCAGAACAUGGUGACAUAAUUGUGGAAUAACAUAGACACUUGUCUUUUUUACUCACAUGGAAAUGUUUCUACUCCACAAAAUCUGCACAGGACUUGACACGAGAUAAUUGCUUACUAUUUCUUCAAUUCUGGAAUGGAAAUCAGUGGAGAGAAGGCAUAGUUAAGAAUAUUAGGUUCUUGCAAGUUAUUUGGGAAUUGAUCAAGAUUUCAAGCUAAAGAUGAUGGUGAUGAACAGCCUGAGGGGCAUUCUUCAAGUGUCUCCAUGCAAAUUGCUGUGGAGAAAGUUCCAGAUUCAGAGGUCUAUGCCAGCAAGGCCUUGCAGCCUCUAUACUUGCACAUACAAAACCCGGAACCGAGCCUUGCAUCCACUCUGGGAGAGUGUGGACCUGGUUCCAGGAGGUGAUCGACAGUCGCCUAUCAACAUCCGGUGGCGGGACAGUGUUUAUGAUCCUGACUUAAAACCACUCACCAUCUCUUAUGACCCAACCACCUGCCUCCAUAUCUGGAAUAAUGGGUAUUCUUUCCUUGUGGAAUUUGAAGAUUCUACGGAUAAAUCAGUGAUCAAGGGAGGACCCCUGGAACACACCUACCGAUUGAAGCAGUUUCAUUUUCACUGGGGGGCCAUUGAUGCCUGGGGCUCCGAGCACACCGUGGACAGCAAAUGCUACCCAGCAGAGCUGCACUUGGUGCACUGGAAUGCAGUCAAAUAUGAAAACUUUGAGGAUGCAGCACUGGAAGAAAAUGGUUUGGCUGUGAUAGGAGUAUUUUUAAAGCUAGGCAAACAUCACAAAGAGCUACAGAAAUUGGUGGAUACUUUGCCAUCCAUUAAGCACAAGGACACCCUUGUGGAAUUUGGGUCCUUUGACCCUUCCUGCCUGAUGCCCACCUGCCCAGAUUACUGGACCUACUCGGGAUCUCUGACUACCCCGCCCCUCUCUGAGUCUGUCACCUGGAUCAUUAAGAAACAACCAGUAGAAGUUGAUCAUGAUCAGCUUGAGCAAUUUCGGACCCUGCUUUUCACUUCUGAAGGGGAGAUAGAGAAAAGAAUGGUAGACAACUUCCGCCCCCUUCAGCCCCUGAUGAAUCGCACUGUCCGCUCGUCCUUCCGUCAUGAUUAUGUGCUGAAUAUACAAGUGAAACCCAAGCCAGCAACCAGCCAAGCAACCCCCUAAGACAGUCAUACCUAGGCAGUAUUUUGCUUAAUACAUACUACCUUUUAAAAAUUGUUAACUAGACUAUUCUAAAUGCUUGCAUUUAAUAAUGGUUAUAGUUGUGUAGUUCUUGGUAUGAGACUGCAUCAUCAGUUUUUGAGGAAAGCCAUUUGGUAAACAGAUUCUUAUUUGUUUAACAAGUGGUAAGGUGCAGACACUGACCAUCCAGAACUCAGGCCCUUCAGAACAAGCCUCAGGGUCCAGAUUGGUACUUCCUGGCAGAACAUUGGCCACAGUUUUAGGUAUAUUUUAUUUCAAAACAUGACCAUGUAUUAUUUUAUAAGGAGAAUGCUUGUCCCAGCCUUGAAUUGUCAUUACUAGUACAUGAUAAGCUUACUUACUACUAAUUUAUGAUAUAGAAAAUAUAUUUUCUAAUUAUAAGAAAAUGAAGACUUUAUCUGGAAAUACUUUUGCAUUUUUGAAGAUAAGAUAUUUUACUUAAUGGUGUAACCAUAUAGAGACCAUAUGUAGAACAUUUCAAAGAAAAGGCCUAAAGUACCUAGAAAUUAGAAUUCUUUCAUGGUACAUUUACAGAAAUAUUUUUCAAAGGACUAGUAAUCUAAUAGUCUAUAAUUUAGAAGAUUAUUUUAUAUUAUUUGUACACUGUUACAUAGAAUAUAAUGCUACUAUUUUCUACACUGAAAGAGCUAUCCCGGCUAACCUUUACAACUGUCUGAACUUUAUUUACUCAUUAGUCAAGGUAUUUUGAAAGGCACGUGAUCAGCUUCAAUCUCCCAAUUUAUACAGUGGUUUAGAAAACUUUUGUUACAAUAAUAAGGAGAGAAACUUGUCAAAUAGGCUAAAAUCUAGAUAAAUCUGCAUAUUCUGAGGCAUUCAUGCCACUAUUGCUCUUGCUUAUAAAUGUCUUGGAAUGUUUC